AUGGUGACUGGAAUUGAAACAGCCGGCCUUGUCUUGGCCGUCUUACCCUUCCUCAUUGAGGCACUUUCGGUGUACAAGAAGGGGCUCGAAAAGACGGGGAUCGUUCUUGGCUUCAAGCAGAAGAGAUAUAAAGUAAAGGUCGAAAGGCUCAGACUGCGGCUCAAGGGUCAAAGUGCAUGGUUACACCUAAACCUUGCUAAAUUACUUAGCCGCGCGGCCUCGAAUGAGGAUUUCGUGAGACUGACAGAGGACUACAACGACGUAUUUUGGACUGGGGAUAAUGCCGACAAGAUCAGGGAAUACCUACAGCCUGGUGACGCAUUCGAAGCUUUCCAAGGCACCCUAGGUCUAUACGAGAGUUAUCUCGAGGAGAUUGCCGAGAAGCUGGUUGGCAUUCAGACCUCCUCGGAUAAGAAAGAUUUAAAGGUUUUGCUUGAAGCCAACAAGCCUGAUCAGGGCCAUUACCGUUUCAGUCAGAGGUUGGCUUUUGUUAUGAAUGAGGCGAGCCUCGACGAUCUACUGAAAGGUUUGAGCGACUCAGCAGUGACCAUUAAAAAUUUCGUGGACGACAAUGAGGACCUGCAUCAGAUUCAGAGAUCGAAUAAGGAGCUGCAACAAGCCAAGCAAACCAGGGUGGCGAAUUCCCUACAUAAGGCACCGUCGGGAGUUGGUAAGACAGCGGUCAGGUUCACUAUCCUGUUUUCAUGGCAAAAUCAGGCUGCUCAGGAAAGCGUUUCGUGGCACGAAACAUCCAUUUUGACGCCUGAGGAAGACAGUACUCAUGUUCUUCGCAAUACGGCGGCAACGACUUCCGCAGAAAAGUCAGUCACCUGGUCAGCAGUUCCGGAUAUUGUUAUCACUUCUAGUGAAGUACCGCCCCCAGAAGGGUCAGUGCCCAUCGAGCUAACGAGUAUUUGCAAGACACUUGCAGAAGUUCAACCACCUGUGCUUCAGCUGUCAAGCGACAACCGGCUUUUUUGGCGUAUGGAGGCGCCUGACAAUUUCUUACGACCUGCGCAACUAGGCGAGCGGACUAUGAGCUUGGAUGUAGUCCUGGAAGAGCGGAGGCAACUGGAUCCGAAAGAUCGCAUCAAGCUUGCCGUGAAUUAG